GAGGAAAGGUGGAAGAGAGAGAGAGGAAGAAAACUUACAAAGAGAGGAUGAGUUAGCAAAAUGCCCUGCACUGAGUUGUAAACUGGCCCAAAGGUGAAUGUGAUUAGGCAACAGUAGAGCAAGAGCAAAGGGCGACAGCAUAGAAGAGAGAAGUUCUGAAAGGUGCAGACACACAAAGUGGAUCUUGAAGAGAGAAUGGCCACGUCCCUGAUUGCAACCUUUUCCAUAUUAGUUUCCUGUGUCUGCGGCAAUAUCUUCCACAGACACCAGACUUGGUUUGAAGGUGUCUUCUUGUCCUCGAUGUGUCCCAUCAACGUUAGCAUGAACACCAUGUAUGGUAUCAUGUUUGACGCAGGGAGCACUGGAACUCGAAUUCACGUUUACACCUUUGUGCAGAAGAUGCCAGACCAUCUUCCAACGUUGGAAGGGGAAGUGUUUGAUUCAGUGAAGCCAGGUCUUUCUGCCUUUGCAGAUCAACCAAAGCAGGGUGCUGAGACUGUUCAAAGACUCUUAGAAAUAGCCAAAGACGCAAUCCCCCAGAGUCACUGGAAAAGGACCCCGGUGGUGUUAAAAGCUACCGCAGGACUUCGGCUUCUGCCUGAUCACAAAGCCCAGGCUCUGCUCUUGGAAGUAAGGGAGCUCUUCAAAAAAUCACCUUUCCUGGUCCCAGAAGACAGUGUUAGCAUCAUGGAUGGAUCCUAUGAAGGAAUAUUAGCCUGGGUUACUGUGAAUUUUCUAACAGGUCAACUGCACGGUCAAAACCCAACAACUGUUGGGACUCUGGACUUGGGAGGGGCUUCCACCCAAAUUACAUUCCUGCCCCAAUUUAAGAAAACCCUGGAACAAACCCCCAGUGACUAUCUCACAUCCUUUGAGAUGUUCAACAGCACAUAUGAGCUCUACACACAUAGUUACUUAGGAUUUGGACUAAAAGCUGCUAGACUUGCAACCCUGGGAGCCCUGGACACAGAAGCCGUUGACGGACAGACAUUCCGAAGUUCCUGUCUACCCAAGUGGUUGGAGGCAGAAUGGGAUUUUGGGGGAGUGAAAUAUCGCUAUGGUGGCAGAAAGGAAGGGGAGGCAGGGUUUGAGGCUUGCUACUCUGAAGUGCUUCAGGUGGUUCGAGGAAAACUUCACCAGCCAGAUGAGAUCCGCAAAAGCUCCUUCUACGCGUUCUCUUAUUAUUACGAUAGAGCUGUUGACACAGACAUGAUUGAUUAUGAAAAGGGAGGCGUCUUAAAAGUGAAAGACUUUGAAAAAAAAGCCAGGGAAGUGUGUGAUAACUUAGAAAAUUUUACCUCGGGCAGUCCAUUCCUGUGUAUGGAUCUCAGUUACAUAACAGCCUUAUUAAAGGAUGGCUUUGGGUUCAUGGACAGCACUAUCUUACAGCUCACAAAGAAAGUGAAUAACAUAGAGACUGGCUGGGCCCUGGGUGCUACCUUUCAUCUUCUACAGUCUCUAGACCUUUCCCACUGAGGCCCAAGUACUUCUCCAGGGACUACAAAUGCCGAUCAGUGACCUUUCCAGAAUGAGGAGUGAUGGCCCAUUCACAUUGCUGAAUGAGUCUAGAACACCACGGACCAGAGCCAAGCAGCCAGCUCCAUAAGGAGCUAGAGAAAUUAGUAGAUGGGAUUUGACCUAGAUCCUUAUGAUUUCUGUUUAAUUAAUUAUACACAUUUAAUGUGAGCUGUCACCUGACCUUUCUGAAUGUUUGGAGCCAGUACCAGAGUCUUAAGCAUUUGAGCCUCUUUCCGUGUUGUGAAAAGCCACAUCAGCCAAAAAGGGUAGAUUAGGAAUUUUACCCUUGGGUUGGGAUUCCAGAAACAAACCCUACAAGUCAACUCUGCAUCCCCAACAGUCUUCGGAGUCAAAUUCUGGACAACCGUGUGGGACCAAAAAAACUAAAAGAAAACCCAACCUUUGGAAUUCUCAUCUUGUCUGAAAAGCCCCAGUUUUUCUGUAUGUUAAAAUGAUUUAUUUAUAAUCCCAUAACACGUUCAAUAACAGUUGGGAUGUUUUUUGAAUUUUUGUUUAUUUUUGCUUGGGGGGGUAGGUGUGGAACCUUAGGCCUUUAAAAAAAAAAUCUCAUUACCAAUGAAUGGCUUCAUAUCUGAAAUCAUGUAUGGUGCUGCCCAUUAUGACUCCGGUCAGUAACCUCCAUCCAAGCAGAGUGCCUUGGGUUGGCCAUUCUAAAUCUUAGUGAGGAAAAUGGGGAAUUCCUGUGAUAAAAGUCUCAUGGGCAAUCUCAUGAUUUUCUCCAAUAUGUGCAAAGUGCAAUAUUUAGGAACACAGAAAUUGUCUUCCUUCUGACUGAGCCUAUCCACCUGAUUAUUCAUGGAUGUUGAUUGUUAAUUCCUAAGAAAAACUUGGCAGUACACCAA